AUGGCCCCAUCCAGAAAGCCACGUUGCCAGUUCAAGGCCUGCAAAGAGCUCGCUCAGCGUAUAGUCGGUGACUGCGGCUUCUGCAAGGGCCAGUUCUGCAGCAAACACCGCAUGUUGGAAUCGCAUAGCUGCAGCGGUCUGGAAGACUGCAAGAAGGAGUCACAUGCCCGUAACGCUGAACGGCUGAACUCUGAGCGAACAACGGUCGUCAAGGGUGUAUAG